UGACAAUCCAGCUCUUCAAGCAUGUACGCCAAAGGCAAGAGUAACACUGUACCUUCUGACAGCCAAGCCAGGGAAAAAUCUUAGAGUAGCAAAUACUGGGGAUGUUGGAAAUCCAAAGUAAACACAGAAAAUUCUGAAAACGUAGAUGCUACUUGACCUGAUGAAUGGAGAUAAAAACAAAAGUAAACUUUUCAGGUUAGCACUGUAUGUAUAUGAAUAUCUACUCCAUGUGGGAGCACAAAAAUCAGCACAAACAUUUUUAUCAGAGAUACGAUGGGAGAAAAAUAUUACAUUAGGAGAACCACCAGGAUUCUUACACUCAUGGUGGUGUGUAUUUUGGGACCUUUACUGUGCGGCCCCUGAAAGAAGAGAAACCUGUGAACAUUCUAGCGAAGCAAAAGCCUUUCAUGAUUAUAGUGCAGCCGCAGCUCCCAGUCCAGUGCUAGGAAACAUUCCCCCAGGAGACGGAAUGCCAGUAGGCCCGGUACCACCGGGAUUCUUUCAGGGACCACCAGGUUCACAGCCCUCGCCACAUGCACAGCCUCCACCACACAACCCCAGCAAUCCCAUGAUGGGACCUCACAGCCAGCCUUUCAUGUCACCUCGUUAUCCAGGAGGCCCCAGGCCGCCCCUCAGAAUACCUAACCAGUCACUUGGAGGAGUGCCAGGAACACAACCAUUGCUGCCCAGUGGGAUAGAUCCAACGCGGCAGCAAGGACAUCCGACCAUGGGUGGACCAAUGCAGAGAAUGACUCCUCCACGGGGUAUGGUACCCCCCUUAGGACCGCAGAGUUACGGAGGAGGAAUGAGGCCCCCGCUGAACGCAUUAGGUGGUCCAGGCAUGCCUGGAAUGAACAUAGGUCCCGGAGGUGGUCGACCAUGGCCAAAUCCACCAAAUGCAAACUCGAUACCAUAUUCAUCAGCAUCACCUGGCAAUUAUGUGGGACCCCCUGGUGGUGGAGGGCCUCCAGGAACUCCAAUCAUGCCUAGCCCAGGAGAUUCAACAAACUCCAGUGAGAAUAUGUACACAAUGAUGAAUGCUGUACCUCCUGGGGCCAGCAGGUCAAAUUUUCCAAUGGGUCCUGGCUCAGAUGGCCCAAUAGGGACAAUGGGUGGAAUGGAACCACAUCACAUGAACGGUUCAUUAGGCUCUGGAGACAUGGAUGGUAUUUCCAAGAAUUCUCCCAGUAACAUAAGUAUGAGUAAUCCGCCUGGCACUCCUCGUGAUGAUGGAGAGAUGGGUGGGAAUUUCCUGAAUCCCUUUCAGAGUGACAGCUAUUCUCCAAGCAUGACAAUGAGUGUGUGAUCUUGUAUCCAACCUCUUGAUCAAGACCAGAAUGGUUUGCCCUCUUAAAAGAUGAAAUAAGUACAUCCAAGAGAAGAAUAACAUAUUUUGCAAAGGUCUACAGAAAACAGAGGUUUUGAUUCUAGCAAAGACCCUGUUGUUCUUCUGCAAAUGACAAUAAUGUCUCAUUGUGUACUGAAAGCGGGUCCAAAAUAUUCUUUUUAAGUUUACAAAACCUCAGAGACUGAACAGUUCAACCAUUUAUAUGUAGGAUAUGCCGGAUCUAGGCAUAACACAAUAACUUACAUGACCUCCCACAGUUUAAUAAGACAUGGUGUGCUUGAUUCAGCAGUUUGAAAGGAUACAAUCAGAAACACUGCUUAAUGUGAGUCUUCUUUCUUCUGUUUUUCCCUUCCAAAUUCAUUUUUUAGUCUAAAUGUAUCAGAAGUUAUGUUAAAUGUAAUUUGUUUUACAUAAACAGGCUCCUAAUGAUACCUCUUUUUAUGCUUUAUAAGUCAUCAUUGCUAGUUGGUGGAACAAAAAUACUAGCCAAACACACAAGAUUUAACAUGGAAGGGAAAAAGAAAAGCAAAUGAAUAUCUUGCACUUAACAUUGUGUUCAGUAAGUGUUAUUCAUUGAAUUAGAAAUACAUUAAUUGUCCUUUGUUGUAGGAGAGAGCUUGUCCUUUAAUCAUAGAGUGUAGUGGUGGAUUCAGGUCCUUAACUACAGUCCUGGCACAUCAGUGUUGAGCACCAGAUGGAAUAUGCUUAUGGUCACUGAUAAUAGCCAGUAAGUUCUAUAGUAAUUGCAGCUCAGAAAUUGUUGAAAUACCUUUUCUUUCUCUUCAUUCCCCUUUACCCUGAUUGCUGUAAAAUGUGCUGAAACAUAGAGAUCUGGGAGUGCAAUUAAGAAUAUUCAAGGUAAAUUGUAGAACCUGUGAGACCUUGGUCCACCACUAACAGAAAAUGGCCAAUUUUCUUUAUUUAAUGUUGCUCCUUAAAGAUCUGCGUUUUAGCCAUUACCUCUUUUUAAAAAAAAAUUGAAAAUGAAACUAUCUUUUGUAAAUUUUCAUGUAUUCUUUAUUCUUCCUUCUGUGCAAAAUGAUAUAUUGUAAAUGUACAUUAUGUGUAGGUUGUAACAAACUGCAGUUUUCUUUUUUGGUUUUUGAUUUGUAUGUGUGUGAGGUUGAGGGUUCUCAAAGUUACUGCAGUUCGGGCCUUUUCCUAGAGGAAUGUUUUUCUGGUCUGAGAGUGGAAUCAGUGUAAAUUUUUUUGUACAAAUUACAGGCUAGCUUUUUCUGUUCUCAGACCACAUAAAAGGUAGAUAUUUCAAUGGGAAUUAUCAUUGUUUCCCCUGCAUGGAAUUAUGAUUUUAAAAUACGUUUUUAUUAUACAUGUUAAAGAAUUGUACAGCCGUAGUGUACCAGGUUAAUUGACCCAACUCCUGUUAAUUCAGUUGAUACUUUUUAGAAAUGAUUAAUCCUGUUACAAUUCUUAAUUUUUGGCCAAUAAAUUUAAAUAUGUAAUUUUUUUAAAAACUGUUCAAAAACAUCGGCGUGAGAACUAGAGAUAAUGAUUUCACAAUACAACAUGAGGGAGGACAUUUACUGAUCAUUAUUUGUCAUUAGGUUAUCGGUUAUCAUGAAAGGUAUUGAGAAACUAAGUAGUCAGUGAACAUUUUGUGAAAUAACAAAAUAUAAAAAUUGUGUAUGUAAUCCUUUUGAGAUUCCUCAUUAGAAAAGGCCCAAACAGAUAUGGAGGUUCUGUACAAUGAUUUGAUGAUUAUAGUAUUUUGCUUGCAUGAAAUGAUAUGUGUAAGUUAAAAAAGGCACUGCAACACCCCAAAAAACUAACUACCAUAUAGUCAGUCAGACUGUUCUUUCUUGUAGUAUCGUUUGAACAUAAUUUAUAUGUUAACCAUAAAUGUAAUGCCAGUACCGAUUCAAAUGCAUAGUAAUCACAUACACCUUUUAAUUUCAAUCUGAAUACAAUGCCUAUUAUUGAGGUGGUUAUAGUUAGCUUUCUUUUAGUGACAGUUUGCUGAAAUAUGAUGACAUUUUUGUGACUUUUGUGAGGUUAUGCCAUUAUGGCAUUUUUUUAUUGUUGUGGUUUAGACCAUUGUGAUUGGGUUCUGGGAAGAACUGGCCUGUUCUCACCAAGUAAUCUGAGCAUGCAAGUUAAAUUAUUGUACAAGCUACAUCAUGUACUGAAGAAAGGCAAUUUGAACUAAUAACAUUUUUUUUUUAACUGAACCAGGUCAAAAUGUUGUUAUCUCUGUAAGCAUCGUUGGAAUCCUGAGUGCAUUAAAACUUAGUUAUAUUUUGUGUUGUUUUAGAAUUCUGAAGAGUUGUUCUUUAGAACUAAGUUGAACAGUGUUUCUCACCCAAGUGAUUCAUAUCUAGUCUUGUUAUGUUAAACCACCUAAGUGAAAAAGGUGUCACACCAUGAGCUCAUUCAGUACGUGGGCUACAUAUUGAUAACAAAUAACUGGUUUAUAUUGUCAUAAGCCACUGCCCACCAUCAAUGACUUUAGAGAAAAUGUGCUUUUUUGCUAUGUUGCUUGUUACUUCUGUAUUAUAAGCUAUUUAUAACUCAUUUGGUUUACUUGAUAACAAAUUAUAUAUUAAAACUUUUCUUAAUGGGGAUAAUUUUUGAAAUUUGCAUAAAUCUGGCAUGUAUUGGACAAAGCGUUGGCAUGUGAUUUGAACCAUUUCAUGAUCAGUAAUAUUGACAAGCUUUAAAGUUAAACAACCAAGUUGGAAACAAUUGAGAUCAUUGGCUUGGCUCCACAGAGCAGCUUCAAACAUUAAACUGAUUGAGAUGGAAAUUACAGGAGCCCGACAAUAGUCAGGAAGAGUUUUGAAGAUUUCACUGCCUAUUCUGUUCCACUCAGAACUUGCACUUCACCCGCUUUUGUCUAAGUUUGUAACAGGAUACCUACUGGUGUGUGAUGCCUGGUUUUCAUCUAGUAUAAGUAAUCUUCCACUUGUUUCAGGGAGGACACGGUUCACUUGCUUUCUCCAUCUGCUUCAAAAAUCACAGUCCAUUGAUCAUCAGUGGGAGUUAAUGUUGUAUCAUGAUUUAUGUUCCACUACCACUUCACUUCCAACCAACUUAGACAAAAAUCACCCUAAUUUUUUUUUGUUGAAUUGCUCGCAGGGAUAGUUUGUUUAGGGAGUAUUGUUAACUGCAUUAAUUGUACAUGCAUUGUCUGUCCCUUCUGUUUAUGUAAGCACUGAAUAUUAUGAUGUAGCACUGUUCAUUUUUUUUUCUAAACUGGAGUCCAGUGUAUCAUUAUUUAAUAGUUGUUAGUUCAAUAGAUUGAAAAAACACACAGCUCCUGUUUCUCAGUUCCUGUUCUCGCAUCAGUCUGUUGGAAUUGCAGCACUCCCAACAAGCAACUGAAUAUGUUUAGCAGCCAACUUAUAAUACUAUGAACUUAUAAUUUUUCCAAAUUGUUGGACUAUAGGGUAUUUUGGUUAAUUCAAAAUUUACUGUGAUGAAUAUUUCAUAUUUAACCAAUAUAUUUUCAGGUCACAUGUUAAAGCUAAUUCAAAGAUAUUGCAGUUGUGUAAGUAGGAUAAUAUUACAACAGAAUAUUUAAAGUGAACAAGUUUUGUUCCAAUCAUGAAGUUCAAAAGCCAACUUGUAAACCUUGCAAGUUCCUUAUGAAAAUUAAUUUUGUGACAAUUCUCCCUUGUGCUUUGCUCUGAUUUCUAUAAUAUUGCCUUUACUUUGUGCCUCAUGUCGAGAAAUGAUUAUUUUAGAGGAAAUCCCACCUCUAAUGGGAAAUUCCUGUAAGCAGUACUCUUAGAAUCCAAUAGGCCACACACUUUUGUAAUCAGAAAAUCCAGUGAUCUUUUACCAUUUGCCACUAUUUUUCCAACAUUUGCACAAGAGAUUAUUAAAGGCAAAUAUAAAUAAAUUUGAUUCUGCGAUAGAUAGGUAGCUGCAAUAACAGAGUGGUAAUUGUUCCAAAAGUUGUUCUGGUGUGUUAUGUAAAAUAAUGUAGUUUGUGUAAGAAACUUUGUCUUGACUAUGGUUUAUACUGUAAAAUACUGUUGUAAAGCGCAAUUGAUUCCAUGUAGCAAGUGUGUUUCUGUAGUUAUUGUUAGUAAAUCACUAAAUUAGCCAACUCCUUUUUUUUGUAUUUGAUUUUUGCCUUGUCAAGCAUGCUUAACCAAUUCUGGAAUCUGUGUGGAUUGUGUUAAAGGUUUCAGCUAACUAAACAGAAACUGCCAGAAAACACUAAAUUCAGCUCUUCUAUGAAAUAUCAUUUUGUCCUGAAUAUCUAUAGUUUUUUUUUAAUGUAGAAGAACAUUUGAAAAUAUUUUCCUCGAAAUUCAAACCAGCAAAAUCUAGAGCAAACAUUAAAAGAGAUGCAUUGCCCAUCAUUUUUAGGCACACGUUGUAAAUUGCUCUUAGGUGAAAUCUUCAGAGGUAAACAAGUUGUUUUCCAAACUAACACCAUUUGGAAUAAGUGCUUAUGGACCUGCUUUGUUUUGAUCUCUCCCUUUACUGGUUUAUAUUUCAUGUUUCAAAUAAAUUGCCCAUUCUUUUUCACGUAGCCUAUAUAUUUUACAAUUAAAGAAACUUAAGUGCAUUGGAAGUUAUUUUGACAUAUUUUGAGUGAUCCACAUUUUGAAAACUCAACUGAAUUUAUUGACGAAAAUAUGAGUGAAUUACUGUAAAAGCUUUUGUAUAAUGAUCUUUUAUAAUCAAAAUUUAGUUGAGUUAGGCCAAAGAGGAGCCAUACUAUGUUUUUCAGACAGGUUUUUAUUUGGUAUGGUUCUUUCUGAAUUGAAUUCAUUGUUUCAGUGAUGCUGUACAGCAAUUAGGUAGUUAGACUCAUUCUGAAAAUCUGAUAAUCUGACUUUCAUUCUAAUACAUAUCUAACAGUAAAUAUUAUUUUGAACAAUUUGUGUUGCCAGUUAGGCAUUAGCCUUUGCUAUAAACUAUUUGUACAGUCGUAGAGGAAGUCACAGGAUUUGAAUUGGAUUUGUAUUUGGUGCUUCUGGUGAGGUCCAACUGAUCUGAAGAAACUGCUGAAAGGCAUUGUUUCUGUGUGUAUAGAGUUAGAGUCAAACUCUAGGUGGUAGAAAUUCAUGAUUUUUGAUCAUUUCACUGGAAACAGUCACAGAUUUGUUAACAAGUUACAUUGCUAUGACAAUAUUAUACACUUAAGAAAAAGAUAUGCUUUUGCACUUUGUUCUUCAAAUCAAUUUGAUAUUAUAAGCAGUCACCAAAUGUUCUUAAUUCCAAUUAGUUUCUCUUAGUAAAAAUAAGAUUGAAAUGUAGCUUACUUAUAAGUGAAUUUAGACCAUCCAUGUUAUAAAUUUUAAUCUUUAUUAUGUGUAGUCCAGGAGUAAAUGGAAGAAUCAACUUAUCAGGUCAGUGCCCAUUCAAAUUUGAGAAAUAAUAUCUUUAGAGUUUUAGGGCAAAUUUAAUUUAUGCAGAUGGCUUAUAGAAGUUGCUGUAUAAAGUUUGAAGCAUAUCUUGAUGGCUGCCCAGCACUGCACAACAUUGCAUGAUCUAUGUGUAAAAUGAAUUUCCUUACCCCAAUGUUUUACAUUUUUGUAUUUGUUCCUGCAGGCAUAACAGUAUUGUAUUUAAUAGUUUUACCUUCACUUUUCUUUGUGUUUCUGAGUACUAAUUAGCAGUGUGUCCUGGUUUAUUGUUCAGCACAUUUGUAUUACACCAUUUGUAUGUUCUUUAAAUUGUAAAGUUUCUUAGAUUGACAAAUGCUCAUUAAA